AUGAGGGAAAAUAACCAACACCACAACACCAGCAAUACACCAAAUGGCACAGUUUAUACCAACAAUACACCUUCUGACCUAGCUGAUACCAACAAUACACCUUCUCACACUGGAGACCCAAGCAAUGCACUUUUCGACCAAGCUGAUACCAGCAAUUCACCAUCUGACCAAGCUGAUAUCGAAAAUCCACCUUUUGACCGAGCUGAUGCCAGUAAUGCACCUUCUGACCGAGAUGAUGCCGCCAAGGUACCUUCUGACAAGGCUGAUACCAGCAAUGCACCUUCUGACCUAGCUGAUACCAGCAUUUCACCUUCUGACCAAGCUGUUACCAACAUUGUACCUUCUGACCCAGCUUACACCAACAGCAUACCUUCUGACCAAGCUGAUACCAGUAAUGCACUUUCUGACCCAGUUGAUACAAGCAAUUCAACUUCUGACCAAGCUGAUAUCGAAAAUCCACCUUCUGACCAAGCUGAUAUCGAAAAUUCACCUUCUGACCAAGUUGAUGCCAGCAAUGCACCUUCUGACCAAGCUGAUGCCAGCAAUGCACCUUCUGACAAAGCUUACACCAACAGCAUACAUUCUGACCAAGCUGAUAUCAAAAAUCCACCUUCUGACCAAGCUGAUACCAGCAAUGCACCUUCUGACCAAGCUGAUACCAGCAAUACAUUUUCUUACCCAGCUGAUACCAACAAUACACCUUCUGAUCCAGCUGAUGCCAACAAUACACCUUCUGGCCCAGGUGAUACCAGCAAUGCACCUUCUGACCCAGUUAAUGCCAGUAAUGCACCUUCUGGCCCAGUUGAUGCCAGCAAUACAUCUUCUGACGACGCUGAUGCCAGUAAUGCACCUUCUGACCAAGCUGAUCCCUACAACGCACCUUUUGGCCUAACUUACAACAACAAUACUUACAAUGACCCAGCAGGUGAUACACACAAUACAUCCUCUGACACUGUUGAUACCAACAACGCUCCUUGCCACCCAGCUGUUUCCAGCAAUGCACCUUCUGACCCAGCUGAUCUCAGCAAUACACCAUCUGACCCAGCUGAUCCCAGCAAUGCACCUUCUGACCUAGCUGAUACCAGCAUUUCACCUUCUGACCCAGCUGAUCUCAACAAUACACCAUCUGACCCAGCUGAUCCCAGCAAUGCACCUUCUGACCUAGCUGAAACCAGCAUUUCACCUUCUGACCAAGCUGUUACCAACAUUGUACCUUCUGACCCAGCUUACACCAACAGCAUACCUUCUGACCAAGCUGAUACUAGUAAUGCACUUUCUGACCCAGUUGAUACAAGCAAUUCAACUUCUGACCUAGCUGAUAUCGAAAAUCCACCUUCUGACCAAGCUGAUAUCGAAAAUUCACCUUCUGACCAAGUUGAUGCCAGCAAUGCACCUUCUGACCAAGCUGAUGCCAGCAAUGCACCUUCUGACCAAGCUUACACCAACAGCAUACCUUCUGACCAAGCUGAUAUCAAACAUCCACCUUCUGACCAAGCUGAUACCAGCAAUGCACCUUCUGACCAAGCUGAUACCAGCAAUACAUUUUCUUACCCAGCUGAUGCCAGCAAUACACCUUCUGAUCCAGCUGAUGCCAACAAUACACCUUCUGGCCCAGGUGAUACCAGCGAUGCACCUUCUGAUCCAGUUAAUGCCAGUAAUGCACCUUCUGACCAAGUUGAUGCCAGCAAUACAUCUUCUGACGACGCUGAUGCCAGUAAUGCACCUUCUGACCAAGCUGAUCCCUACAACGCACCUUUUGACCUAACUUACAACAACAAUACUUACAAUGACCCUGCAGGUGAUACACACAAUACAUCCUCUGACACUGUUGAUACCAACAACGCUCCUUGCCACCCAGCUGUUUCCAGCAAUGCACCUUCUGACCCAGCUGAUCUCAACAAUACACCAUCUGACCAAGCUGAUCCCAGCAAUGCACCUUCUGACCUAGCUGAUACCAGCAUUUCACCUUCUGACCCAGCUGAUCUCAACAAUACACCAUCUGACCUAGCUGAUCCCAGCAAUGCACCUUCUGACCUAGCUGAUACCAGCAUUUCACCUUCUGACCAAGCUGUUACCAACAUUGUACCUUCUGACCCAGCUUACACCAACAGCAUACCUUCUGACCAAGCUGAUACUAUUGAUGCCAGCAAUGCACCUUCUGACCAAGCUGAUGCCAGCAAUGCACCUUCUGACCAAGCUUACACCAACAGCAUACCUUCUGACCAAGCUGAUAUCAAACAUCCACCUUCUGACCAAGCUGAUAUCAAACAUCCACCUUCUGACCAAGCUGAUACCAGCAAUGCACCUUCUGACCAAGCUGAUACCAGCAAUACAUUUUCUUACCCAGCUGAUGCCAGCAAUACACCUUCUGAUCCAGCUGAUGCCAACAAUACACCUUCUGAUCCAGCUGAUGCCAACAAUACACCUUCUGGCCCAGGUGAUACCAGCGAUGCACCUUCUGAUCCAGUUAAUGCCAGUAAUGCACCUUCUGACCAAGUUGAUGCCAGCAAUACAUCUUCUGUCGACGCUGAUGCCAGUAAUGCACCUUCUGACCAAGCUGAUCCCUACAACGCACCUUUUGACCUAACUUACAACAAUAAUACUUACAAUGACCCAGCAGGUGAUACACACAAUACAUCCUCUGACACUGUUGGUACCAACAACGCUCCUUGCCACCCAGCUGUUUCCAGCAAUGCACCUUCUGACCCAGCUGAUCUCAACAAUACACCAUCUGACCCAGCUGAUCCCAGCAAUGCACCUUCUGACCUAGCUGAUACCAGCAUUUCACCUUCUGACCCAGCUGAUCUCAACAAUACACCAUCUGACCCAGCUGAUCCCAGCAAUGCACCUUCUGACUUAGCUGAUACCAGCAUUUCACCUUCUGACCAAGCUGUUACCAACAUUGUACCUUCUGACCCAGCUUACACCAACAGCAUACCUUCUGACCAAGCUGAUACCAGUAAUGCACUUUCUGACCCAGUUGAUACAAGCAAUUCAACUUCUGACCAAGCUGAUAUCGAAAAUCCACCUUCUGACCAAGCUGAUAUCGAAAAUUCACCUUCUGACCCAGCUGAUCCCAACAAUACACCUUCUGACCCAGCAUAUACCACCAAUACACCUUCUAGCCAAGCUGAUACCAACAAUACACCUUCUGGCAACGCUGAUCCCAAAAAUACACCUUCUGACCCAGCUUACACCAACAGUACACCCUCUGGCCACGCUGAUACCAACAAUACACAUUCUGACAAAACACAUGAACAAGGGGAGGACAACCGGUCUGAUGACACCGAUACACAUUGGAAGAGUCACCAAUCUGACUCGAUCGACGAUGAGGCUAGUGACCCUGACACACUAGGUGGGAAUCGCAAGGACAAUAUACCUGACGAAGAUAAACAUCAUGCCUUGGCCAUUCGCAAAAAUGAAAGUGGACAACUUGCACCGCCAGCUAUGAUUAAUCUACAUCAGCUGAUCCAGCAGACAUCAUCUGAUGUCCAAAUGGAUAUAACUAUUAAUAAGACUACUGUGGUCGGAAACGAUACCACCAUAAUUCAAAAUAAUGGUGAAGAAAUAUCCGACAUUCGAAAUGCAAUAGAAGAGUCAGAUAAUAAGAGAAGCGAUGAACAUACAGAACAGGCAGACCAUAUCACACAGACGAUGCAAAAUUCAGAGGACAGGAUGACCAGUGUAAUAAAAAACAAAUCAGCACAAAUCAUAUCCAAUACAGACAAAAAUACUGACAAAUUGAGGACGGAACUAGGAGGGGAAAUAAACAAAUCCGUUAGGACGAUUGCCGAAGAUAUUGACAAAAAAGGGGCAAAAAUUGAAGCCAAAAACAAGCGAGAAACAAAAAAAAUAGAUGAUAAAUAUGGGAAUGAAUUUAGAAAUAUCAAACGAGAUAUGGAGGAAAGCAAGAAGUAUAAUCAGGAUAAAACCGCAGAAAAAGAGGAAGAAGUUAAAGAUGUUUUGCAUGAAGCUUCCGAAAAAAGUUCAAAGGAAGUUUCGAAAUUAGAAAGGGAGAUUAAAAUUCUUCAAAGGGAAGUGUCAACUAUACGUAAGACCCUGGAUCAACCGUCAGUGAGUACAGAAGACUUGCCGCAAAUGAAAAAAGAUAUGAAUCAUCUCCUGGAUGACAUACAUGCUUCAAAAAAGGAAACGACAGAGAGUUUUGUUUGCCUUCAGAGAUCUGUAGAUUCCCUUACACACAAUCACGUUAGCGCGUCAGGAGAAGCACAGGCAUUUCAAAAAACUGUACUUGCCGAAUUGGCUGAAUUGAAAAAGAGCAUCGACCUUUCAAACAAAACUUAUCAAAGAACUUGUGAUAAACUAGGUCAACUAGAUCAACAAGUACGUCAACUAGAAACGAAAGUCGACAACAUGGAUGAGGAGGAAGGAGAUAUUGCGUUUAAAUCAAACAUCGUUGACAGGGAGGGGAACACAGUUGCCAUAUGGAUGAGACCAGUAAGGUGGUGUAAAAAAAGAGCUCUAAGGAUGCUUCCUUAA